AUUACUCCUCUUUCGUGAUGUUUCGGCCUGGUGUGUGCCAUUUUUGUCAUCUUCCUUGACAUUUUAUUCAAGAAUGUUAUUUUCGUCAUUGCCCGAAUGGGGCAGAAAUAACUGUCAAUAUUCAAGGCGCUAUGAGUGGCGGUUCGCAAGAUGAUGGAGGUGGUUUGCUUCCGGCACCAACCACGUCUACUUCCUCACAGUUGGCAGGUAAUUCUGGAGUUUCGAAUGCUCUUGUGCCGUACCAGGCGCCAUCAAGUAGAAGUGCGAACGAUGGUGCGAACAGCUACGACGGAUAUGCUAACUAUGGGAGUAAUAGUGGUUACCAGGGAAAUCAAGGCUAUGGUGGGCAGCGGUUUUCGAAACCUUGGGGUGGAGGUUACAAGGAUCGUGAUCGUGACGAUCGUUUCGAUAAAAUCUAUGGCCUGCGCUCGGAGCGCGCUGAAGAAUGGGAACGGAAGAAGCAGGAGGCUGCUAAGUUAGAGCUUCUUGAAGCGGAAAAAAGAAGGCUGCAAGCGGAGGAAGAAAAGAACGUGCAAGCCAGGAAAGAGAAGGAGCUACACGAGGCGAGGCUAGGGAAGAUCAUUCAUGAGCUCGAAGGUGUCCGCGCGGCGCUUCGGGAUCGCAACAAUGAACUGAGCAACUUGAAAAGUGAGAACUCGACACUCAAGAAAGACUUCUUGGAUCUCAAAGACGAGAUCGUUGAGCUUAAGAACGCUAAUAACAAGCAGGCUUCAGAGACUGUCACUGAAAAGAGCCCACCAGCUGAACCUAACACCGGGAAGCAGAGGAUGGUUCCUAUUGGCGACGUCGUCUGUACUCCUAAGGAUCUAGAUGCUCUCCAUAAGGCAUACAAGAAAGCGGAGGCGGGUGAAGAGAUUGCCAACAAGGAGUUGCAAGCUCUGAAAGAGCGCAUGACGCACAUGGGGGCGCAAUUACUGACGAAGCAGCGUCAAUCGGUUAGAAGAUCAUCGGGGAGGAAGACAACACCUCGGAAUCUGCGGCCUGCACUCAGUGCUGUUCAGAUUGAGCCCGAUGAUUCGGGUAAUGAGGAGGAUCCUAUGAAGACGAAAAACGUCGAAGAGGGUUUGGAGAAGCCCGAGGAAGUUCAGUUAAAGAAGUUGCAAGAAGAGGAGAGGCGAUCAUUGAGCACCACAAGGAAAGCGGAUAUGUUGAGCCUUGCGAGAAAGAAGGGAUCACCUACCACAAACUGGAUCAAGCCAAGGCCGAUGUGGGAGAGAUCCGUGCCAAGAGAAGAUUUGCACAAUGGCUCAAGGAUCAAGGUCUCGAGGAUGACGAUGACGAUGAUCGAGACCUACAGUACGCUACCUCUACGGAAGAUGUCAACGACGAGUGAGAAUGCGCCCUGAGCGUGUCUUCUUUAUGGGACUGGGCAUUAUUCUUCCGAGAUUAUCUGAGUUUUUUCCGUUGGAUGAGGUCACCUAUCUGUUUCGUUUAAUUGUUGUUUUAUUAAUUAUCAAUAAUCAGAUUCGUUGGGGUCGUAAAUUCCGCGA